AUUUUCAUCACAAUACUACUCUAAGCUCGUAUUGACUUCACUUCGCCACACAUAUUUAUUAGCCAAUCACAACAUAGCGCCAAGUUGAAAAGAACGUUGUGUGAGCAACAAACGCAUUUUCAUGUUUCAAAACAAAACAACGAACAGUGUAGUGUUGUACUGAUCGAUUGGCAAAAUAAAAAUUGGUCAUCUGUAAGAUAUUCUUAUCGAAUUACGCAUAGCUGAAAUGUAAUUUUCUCAUCAUUAAUUUCAUAAAUAAAAUUUUAGAUGAAAAUGUUGGUGAAGGGGCGAUUAUAUUGCUUGAGAAAAGAUGGUACAAAGGAUUCAAUAUAUCUUAAUAUCAAGCAUAAAAAUUUCUUAUUUGGGAGCUCUGAAUAUUGUACUGUAAGAAUUUACAUUGAAGGAAUCUUCCCUGAGCAUUGUAUUUUGACAAUUGGAGAUCAUGGGAAAGCAUAUUUGGAACCACUACAUCCUUUAGCAAUAAUCUUAGUGAAUGGCAUCAAAAUAAAAUGUAAAACGUGCUUGGAAGAUAAGGAUGUAAUAAAAAUACUUACAAAAAGAUUUCUGUUUUCAUAUCCAUUCAACAGUUUAUCAAGUAGUGUGUCCGUAGAAAGGCCAUUAGUUUUAUACCAUUCAAAACAGGACUGGGAAAUUUCCCAUCCAAUAAGUGAACCUAGAGCUCCUGAAAAAUUGAUUUGUAUGAUUGAAAGUGACGUUUUUACGAAAACUCCGGAGUGUUUAUUGAAAAUCAUGCUCCGUGAACCUGUAAACGUUUCAUAUGCAAAGAUUAAUGCUCUGCUAACUAAUUCUUUUUGUUCUGAUAAAACUUUAAUAAAAUAUAGGAAUCGGUAUGUUGAAGAAUCACUUGACUGGAGAAGAAAAUUCGCUUUUAAGCUGUAUCAGUUUUUCAGUUUAAUAAGAGAGCUUCUCAACAGGAAUGAAGAAUGUAUAUAUGAUUUAUUGCCAAUAUUGAAGUCUGUUUGGAAAUGCAACUUUGCCAGAGCAAAGGAAGAUAUUCUCUUUCUACCUCUAAAAUUUCUUUACUUCAAAUUUCUUAACAAGGCAGAAAUAACUGCUCACAGGAAAUCUUUGCAUGACAGAAUCAAUUCAUAUACUCCUAAAAAUUUGUUUCAUAGUUGUGAUACGAUGUCAGCAAAGAACAAUAAUUCUAAGAAUGAACUUGAAUCAUCUAACCGUAAUUAUAGAGGUAAUUCAAAACAUGAUAGACAGAAACAAAAUCAAGAAUCACACAGAAUGAUCUCUGUUUCUUACAAAAAACGAGUUUCCUUAGCUGUGAAAAGAUAUAAUCUACGCAAAAAGAGGAGCAUAAUAAUGUCAAAUUCUGCUGGAAUUGGAAGUGAUGAAAGCAUAAAAUUACCAGAUGUCAGAGAGAACACGAACGGUGAAUCCAUAGGAAAUAAUUCUGAUGAACAGGAUGUUCAAAAUAAUGUUACAACAAAGAGGAAGCGAUGUUGUUACAAGAAAGAAAAGGAAGAAUUGCAAGAUAAAAGAAAAUUGAGAAUAAAACACAAAGUUAGCAAGGAAGUUGCUGCGGAUACCUUUGAGAAACAAAACAUUACUUCAGAACCAACGAAGGUAAAACGGAAAAAUAAGAAAACAGAAGGAAAAAAGACUGACUUAAAUUCAGAAAAAGAAAAUGUUGCACAAUUGAUUGAUAAUUCAUCUGGAAAACCUAUUACUGUUACGAAGACAAGAAAACAAAAGCAAGCCAAAGAAAAAGAAAGUUCUGAUAACGGAGGUUUAAAGAAUGAAAUAAAAACAAAAUUCACUAAUGACUCACCUAGGAAACAGAAUAAUCAGUCAGAAUUCAAUGAACCAAAGUCAAAAAAGGAAAAUAAAAAGAAGAAAGAAACAUCAUUGGGAAAGACUGAUUCAUGUAAAUCCUUUCAAGAAUAUAUUACACAAGAAGUAUCUUACUCUCAGAGAAUCACUCGAUCUAUGGCUAAAAAGCAUCGUUGAAGCAUUCAAACCAUUUCGUUGAGCACCUGUGAAGAAUCUUUGUGUCCGAUAAAUAGGUUUUUCAAUAAAGUAUGAUCAUAAAUUAAUAAAAAAAAUAAUUUCCAAGGCUUAUCCUCCAAAUUUUGAUGGUCUUUCUCAAUAUAUUCCCCAUCACAAGCAAUGCACUUAUCCCUACAAUUUUCAGACAAUGGAAGUCAUUUUUGAUAGACUCUUCAAAAUCGCCUCUGCAGCCAUUACAAUGGCCUCUGAUGAUGGAAGAACUUAUCCCGGAGGUGUUUCUUCAGAGUGGUGACGCAGCCAGAAAAUGAGGGAAUUUGAUCGCUCUGUAAAAUGCAGGCUUUAUCUAAAAAUCAGGGGAAAUUACCGACGAGAACAUUUCACCCCAAACAUCCCCAAGAGUGGCAAUUUCUCUUCAACCGAAACCUAAUGUCGCCAAAAUGAUCACAGCAACACAAGACAACUUUCUUUCAAGAGUAUGGCGUUUUUUAAUUUAAUUACGAUAAGAAGAGUGAUAUAUUGAUAAAUGUGGCUAACGGCAUCCCUAAUGAAGUUUUCGGAAAGAUCGGUUCCCACUUUAGAAAGAACAGUAAGACUAAUUUUUGAUUCGUCAUGCUCUCAACUCAAAACCUUGCAAUGAUGCCAUAUCAUUUUUUUAAAAUGAUAAGUAUACUUUCUUAUGGGGACCGUAAUGUUGAGAGAGAUUUUUGAUCGAUAAAGAUUGUUUAUGACCGCAUUCAAGAAAAUAGGGGAUUAAGUAAUUUUGAAGUGUCAAAACGAUUGACUUUAAGUGUAAGGAAUUCAUGGACCAAAUAUGAAAAGUAUAAAAAAAAGAAACGAAUGGAAGAAAAGAAAAUAAGCGAAAAUUUGAAAAGCCAAAAGGAAAGCAGAGUAUCAGUUCAAAGAAUUAAAAGCAAAAACUAAAUAAAUAGAUAAAACUUUUGAAGCAGUUCAAAGAGAAUUUAAGAGACGAGAAGGAAAUUGCAAGCCUCAAAACUUUGCAAAAAAAAAAAAAAAAAAAUGUUUUUUUGUAAUUUUUGCAUUUAAAUUGUAAUUGGCAACCAUUUGUUACUUGAGUUAUUAUAUUUAAAUUAGUGUCUUAUAUCUAACAUUAUUUAUAUUAAUAAAUGGAAUUUAAAAACCUUUAUUUAUAAAAACAUAAAAGUUUUUAUUCGAGCAAGUAAUUUCUGAUGAUUUGUUGAAAAAAUAUAUUAUUUUAAAUCUUUUGAUGUUUUUUUUAAAUCUUUGUUAAAAUAUAUAUUUUUAGAUGAGUAUAUUCAUAUUAUUUUUGUAUUUAUGCUGCAUGUAAUUCCGGUACUUAAGCACAAAGCACUAAUUAAUUAUUGAACUGUUUUACGAUUUUGAGCAAAGAUCAUAAUAACUUUACUGUUAAAAUAAUUUCACUUCUAUUUGCAGAGAGUGUUUUUAAUUUUUUUCUUAGAAUUCUUAUACAGUUUUAGAAGCAAAGUGAUUUGUUAAAAUGCCCGGUA